AUGCAUUUCGUUCACGCUCUUUUGAUGGUGGCCCUGAUGGCUUGCCUCGUUUUGGCCCACCCUGGAAAGAAGCACCACCCGGGUCAGCUGAAAAGGGAAAUUGCGGCCCAGAAGGCGUGGGCGGCGCAUGGCAAACGCUCGCUCAGCGCUUGCGCCCGCUCCGAAUCUGCCCGUUCUCUUCAAUCCCGGAACAUCAAGCGCCGUGAACUCAAGCUCCGCGAGCUUCGUGAGAAGGUCGCCAACUCCGACAAGCACCGUGUGAACCGUCGUACUGCGGAGGACCUCGCGAAGUGGGAAGCCGUGAGCCACAACAAAACCGGAAUCUCCAGCCCGGAGGCUCUUUUCAAUGCUGAAACCAGCUGCAUUCUUGCCCCUGUUAUCACCGACGGUCCUUACUACGUUUGGGGCGAGUUGGUCCGCCAGAAUGUCGUCGAGGAUAUCUGCUCCCAGGGUGUGCCCAUGCACUUGGAGGUCCAGUACAUUGACGUGAACACCUGCGAGCCUCUGCCAGAUCUUUUCGUCGAUAUCUGGAAUGCCAAUGCCACCGGAGUGUACAGUGGAAUUUCGGAAGAAGGAAACUACGCCGUCGAUGGCUGGAACAGCACGUACCUCCGAGGCAUUCAGCCUACCGACAAGGACGGCGUUGCUGUCUUCGACACCAUCUUCCCUGGCCACUACAGCGGUCGUGCUACCCACACCCACCUUUUGGUCCAUAGCAAUGCAACCCUGCUGCCCAACGGAACGCUCCUGGUGAACACAGGUUCCAUCACCCACAACGGUCAACUCUUCUACAACGAAAAGCUGCGCUCCGCCGUCGAGGCGUCCUACCCAUACAACACCAACACCGUUGCCGUCACCAGCAACGCCGAAGACCAGUGGGCUAAGCUUCAGGCUGACUCGGAGUACGAUCCCUUUGUCGAGUACUCUUACGUCGGCGACGAUAUCUCCAAUGGCUUGUACGCUUGGAAGCAGAUCGGAAUCAACUCCACUGCCAAUUAUAUUAACAACUCCUACUAUGCUAUUGCCGGCUACAUCCAAGCUGAUGGUGGCUUCGAGAACACUGGUGCUCACAAGUUCUCCCCCGGCAAGUAA